CGGUUGCCGGGUUACCGAGGAUGAUCCGCUCCGCCGUGGACAUCCAGCCCGCCUGCCUCGGCCUCUACUGCGGCCGCACCGUGCUCUCCGUGAACGGCUCCCUGGAGACCUACGGCGAGUGCGGGGUGUGUCCUAGAGGGCAGAGAACUGACGACAACAAGAUCUGUCGCGAGUGCGUCGGGUCGCCGGACCGCUACGACUGGCUCUACCUGGGCUUCAUGGCCAUGCUCCCCCUGGUUUUGCAYUGGUUCUUCAUUGAGUGGUAUUCAGGGAAGAAGAGCUCCAGCGCGCUCUUCCAGCACGUCACCGCCUUGCUGGAGUGCAGCGUGGCCGCCCUGGUCACGCUGCUGGUGAGCGACCCCGUGGGCUCCCUCCACAUCCGUUCCUGCAAGGUAAAGAAGCUCUCGGACUGGUACACGAUGCUGUACAACCCCAGCCCCGACUACAUCACCACGGUGCACUGCACUCACGAAGCUGUCUACCCUCUGUACACAAUUGUGUUUAUAUACUACGCCUUCUGCCUUGUUUUAAUGAUGCUACUUCGACCUUGCCUGGUGAAGAAGCUCGCCUGUGGUUUGGGAAAGUCUGACCGCUUCAAGAGCAUUUACGCAGCCCUUUACUUCUUCCCUGUGCUCACGGUGCUGCAGGCRGUUGGAGGAGGGCUGCUCUAUUAUGCCUUUCCCUAUAUCAUACUGGUUCUGUCCUUGGUUACGCUGGCUGUGUACAUGUCUGCUUCAGAAGUGGAGUCUUUCAAGGAUCUUCUUGUCAGGAAGAAGAGACUUGUUGUCCUCUUCAGCCACUGGUUACUUCAUGCCUAUGGAAUCAUUUCCAUUUCCAAACUGGAUAAGCUCGAACAGAACCUCCCUUUACUGGCCUUGGUACCUAUUCCUACCCUCUUCUACUUGCUGACUGCCAAGUACACCGAGCCAUCCCGCAUCCUCGCGGAAAGUGGAAACGGACAUUGAAGAGCCCGUGCCAACAACUCUGUCCUCAUAGUCUGGAUGAAGCAAGCUUAGCUCGUCAGGCAUUUGAAAACUUCAGUUUUAAAAUAAGUUGUUUAUGUACAUGACCUUGAGGUGGAACACCUCUGAGUUUGUGGAAUAUUGAAAAACUGCACUUUUUAUUCUUCAUAAAUAGGUAUCUAGAUCAAAGGGAAUGUCUUUGUAGCUAUUUAUCACUGUGAAGCUGUAUAAAAGCUUGUUGACACAUUCUAGUACACUUUUUUUUUUUCUUGUAUAUGUUUAUUUCCUAACGCAGUAUUUCAGAUGUUAUUUGAAUAAAAAAGUAAUGGAACU